AUGAGUCAAGCUAAUGCACAGAGCUCCAAUGGAUCCCUGGAUGAAUCAGACUUAACGGCGGCAUUUGAUUUGAACGUUCUGGGUAUGUUGGCCAUUGAACAACGCUGCUCGACGACACGCAAGCAGAAGCAACAAUUGCAAGGCGAAGAGGAGACGGGUGUGGCAAAUUUGGAGUCGCCAGUUGCAGGCGAGGAACCAGCACCUGAUACCGUCGCUGUCACGGAACCACCGCCACCGUCACCGUCAUCGCCACCGCCACCGCCACGGACACCGUCGCCGCCACAGUUACCGCCACCUACCCGAACAACACGCCGUAAACAGCCGUAUCCUUUGCAGCGUGCCGCACUGUUCAGGCGCGAGGUGCGAACGCUGCAGCGUUCACCGCAUUUUAUGAUACCGCGUUUGUCAUUUGGGCGCGUGGUCCGUGAGAUUAUGCUGCAGCACACCGAAUCGCCCUAUCGCAUCACCAUUGGCGCUCUGGAGGCCCUACAGUCGGCCACGGAGAUGUUUCUAACGCAACGCUUUCAGGACUCCUACCUGAUGACCCUGCAUCGCAGUCGGGUGACCCUAGAGGUGCGCGACAUGGCCCUAAUGGCAUUCGUGUGCAAAUUGCACGGACAACUCUGA